CAGAAAACGUUUCUUAUUAUCCAGCGGGAACAGGGAUAAAAAACGUUCAAAGAACACUUCACUCCCGAACGAUGGAAUGUCGGACAAAAAGCAAAACAGGAAAAAGAAAGAGAAUAAUAUAUCGGAAGAAAAUAUGGUGUUCAGUAGCGAUAUUCAGCAGAAUGGGAACAUCGCCGAUAGCCUUGACAUUCAAGAGAAGCUGCUGGGGUUGGGAGGUCAAGUGUCGGAAAUGUCAGAGGUCGUGGCCAAAACGAGGGCCGAGCUGGACGAGGCGCGGAUGGAGAUAGCCAAAGUGAACGCCAUGUUUGUCGUCCUGUUUCAGACGCUGGACGAGGGGAAGAGGGGCGUGGUCAACAUCGCCCUUCAACUCAAGCAGGCCGUGCACGAGGAAGGGAACAAGGUCAUGGACGAGCUGAGGUUGACCUCGCGAGAAAUCAUCGCUUUAGUGGAAAACAAAGAAGAGGAGGAGGCGUAUGAGUAAGAAGUGAACGCGAUAAGAAGAUACAGGUUGCAUUGAUGUGAAGAGGGAAUUGGUGGGAGUGUGGUACAUCCAAGAACCA